AUGCUGGUUCCUGUGCUUUCCGGGAUAAUGGAAGACACGGGGAAGCGUAUGACGGGUGACGGCAGCACCAAUGGCAUCGGCACGAAGCUCAAGGUUGCCACGGCAAUGGGGCAAUUCCGCAGCAUCGGAACAGACCUCCUGGCUCUCUGUGCAAACGACAUCGCGGCCAGGGGUGCAGAGCCUCUGAUGUUCUCCAGCCACCACUCCUGCUGCCAGCUGGAUGCGCAGCAAGCGCUCGAGGUAGGGCUUAGGGGUUUAGGGGUUUAG